CUAUAUAGCUCGCGGAUCGCGGAGAGUCUGGGACGGGCUAGCUACAGUAGUAGAUAGCAUGCGGGAGUCGAUACAUCCCCUGCGUUGUCACUUCUUGUGCCUUCAGGAUACGCAGAGCGAGCGGAUCGACCCGCGAACGCCCGCGCACAGCUAAUUAAUUGAUGGGUCGGGUCACUCAACUGGGCGGUCCACGGCAACACACGUACACGCGUACACAUACGUACGUAUAUACACACGACAGCUACACGCUGCGCAUGCGGGACGAGGGUUAUUGACGUCAGUCUUAUGUCUGUGUGUGCAGCAGCCCAGGUAUUCUUUCAAGCAAGAAGCAACAUGAGACCAGAGGCUCUCCUCAGAGUUAUUGUAUUUGCCUUGGCUGGUGUGUUUGUUCAAGGUAUAACACUGUCCUCGUCAGUGGAGUCUGAGAAUGGACAUGUAACAGUGUGUCCUGAUACCACCAUCACAUUCACCUGCUCAGAGACUCUAGUCUUUGGUAUGAGAUGGUUUGCUCUACCUCUUCUCAACGAAGACAACUCUCCUGGUCUGGGACCAAACGCUCCUGAUAUUGGAGAUCCAACACCAGUGGAAUAUGUGGAUGAGUUCACUAUCACUUUACUCGACAGGCAACUGAUGAUGGGUGACAAUCGUGGCAACUAUACCUCCACUCUGGAUGUAGUGGUGAAUGAUAGAAUACAGAAUGGAACCAAUGUCACCUGCUUCACACCUAAUGUUGCCUCUCUUCUCAUUCUAAAAAAAGAAAUACCUCCACCCCCUUCCAAUGUGAAACCAAUGACACAAAACUAUUCAAGGGAAGAGUUUACGAUACUUAUUACGUGGGAUGACCAGAAUGCUGACUCUUACAUGGUAUCAGUCAAUAGCACUACAAAUUUUUUCAAAAGACGACUACUUUCACCAUGAGAGGAGAAUAUAACAUUCUCUACAAAUUUACAGUGAAAGCUGUAAACUGUGCGGCUUUUACAGUGAUGAAGUGACAGCUAACAUUACUAUAGCUGGCUGUGGUCCUCCCAGUCCACCAGUGAAUGGCAGUGUUGGUGAGUGACCAGUUCCAGAGUAGGAGCACAGGCCACCUACUCCUGUGACACCCACCUGGUUCUGGUGGGAGAGACUGUGGCCACAUGCUCUCUCCCUUCUCUAACAUGGCUGCCUAGUAGUGAUGAUGUCACCUGUGUACAACCACCAGGGAUGACCACAGCUGUGGUCACCACUUCUAGCACGCCUUCAAUUCAUUCGACUUCUCCUAGAAGUUCCAUUGGUGUUAUUGCUGGAUCUGUGUUGGCGUCAUUGUUCUUGGUUGGAAUAAUUGUGGUCACCCUCAUUGUAUUAGCUUUUGUAUACAGUGGCCGAUUGAAGAAAUGGAAAGUGUCAAGAGUUGGGGAAGAAAACUGUUACGGUGCCCAGGAGAUGCUGAUGAGACCUGGCAGCAGUACUGGGACUCUUUCAGUCUCCACCUCACCCCCUCCUCAUUCACCUCGGGCGGCCCUCCCGUCCUACGACGUCGUCACCACCACUGACAGUAGUGUCCCUUACUACAGUCAUGCUAACCCAACUACCGAGGCCUCUGGCAAUGGAUCCUCCUCCACUGUGGUUUACAGUGAGACCAACGAGUCUAUGCGAAGAGUGGUGGCAUCUCACAGUACAGAUGACGGCCUUGUCACUUCUCACCAGCCCACCCUGCCCUCUCAGUACUCUACUAUGGGACCAACCUCACUUCAGGCACCACAAGGGGAGAAGUAUGCUGAAUUGGUGUUUGAGAGUAGCAGAGCGCCCCCCAUGCCAUCUCUGGAUACUCUGGUGCCACCUGUCAAGUACACUAUGGUCAAACCCUCAAAAAAACCUCAUCCAAAGUCUCCUAGACCUGACCCUGAACACAGUGCUGGCUCCCAGUCUGCAGUUGGCCCUGACAAACAUCCACUAGACAGGAGAAUCACCAUAGACAUGGCUAUACAACAACUCCAGCAGUUGACUCCUUACUGGUGGGCUGUGGGGGAGGCUGCCGGGAUGCAGAGAGCCGCUCUGAAAGAGAUACAGGCUCACUACAAGGGGGAUGCAAAAGAGUCAUUUGCGGAGGUGAUGCACCAGAUCUUCAUACCUGACCACACCACGUGGACCCAGCUGGCUGGUCUCUGUGAGGGAGUUGGGUUUGCUGACUUGGCCACUGCUCUACUGGACUCAUAUACCACUGGUGUCCUCCCAGUGGCGAUAGAGGAAGAUGAGGACACACUCCGACCUCCACCCACUAAACCAGCUCCCCCCAUCCCUCCUCGUGGCACCGUCCAAGAUGAAGAUCAGGACCUCCCUCCCUCCCUCCCUCCUCCUCUAUCUCCUGAUGAUAUCCCUCCUUCCCUCCCUCCUCCCCUUGCCCCCGAGGACAUUCCUCCCUCUCCCCCACCUCCUCUGGCUCCUGAGGACGUCCCUCUCUCUGUGCCACCUCCUCCACUUAGAGCAGAAGCUCCUCCUCCAAGACCUCCUAAGGCCAGCAAACCACCAGCCGUACCUCCCCGACACUAGCUGCAUUAUUAUGAGGCACAAGGUAAUGACAAAACACAAAUUCAGCUGAUUAGACAAAUCGGCACACACUAUGGUACACAUGCCGGUGGAAAAGUAUGGAAAAUAUGCUGCCUGUGUACAGAUAUUUAAUCGACCAGGAAAUACCACAACCACUAAAGAGUCACACUAUGCUGUGUUGAUUCUGACACAGCACUAGCAGAGCCAGGAAUCAGAUAUUAGAUACCAGACCAUCCUCUGGGUGGGUGAAUGUGAGUCUAGGAAUCUAACCAAGUAUGCAUGGAAUGCUGUGAAUUUUUGUACCAGGCUACAAAUGGAAAGUCAUUGACAGUUAGGUAUUUGCACCCAAAUUUAUGGGCAUUACUAUAAUUGCUGAAUCGACUGUUGGUAGUUUGCCAACUCCUUACCGACCCUGCAUGGGUUGGCUCCAAAAAAAGUGGGCUGUUUACUUGU